UUGUCGACCCCGUUUUGUUUCCGUUGACCGUCCAUUUGCCUUGGUUUGUCUACACUACAUUACUUUAUCAUCGUUUGUUGAUUGUGCGCAAUUAAAAACGCUGAUUAAACCGGUUGAAUUUUUAGUAAAAAGACAGUAAUAUUUAAACUACGUUUAUUAAAUAUUAGUAAGACGAAAUCAUCAAAAAAAGGAGAAAUUUAAGAAUCGUUUCAGAAUGAACACCCGAGUAUUCGUUGGUGGCUUAACAUACCGGGUGCGAGAGCGCGACCUCGAGAAGUUCUUCCGGAAAUAUGGUAGAAUCAAGGAGGUCGCUAUGAAGAACGGAUAUGCUUUUGUGGAAUUUGAUGACUACAGAGAUGCAGAUGAUGCAGUGUACGAGCUCAACGGCAAAGAAUUGCUGGGCGAAAGAAUUACUGUAGAGAGAGCUCGGGGAACACCUAGGGGUAGUGACCAGUGGCGCUAUGGUGACUCCCGUGGUGGUUAUGGGGACUCAAGACGAUCUGCCCGGGACGAUAUGCGGCACGACAGAGAUAGUGUGAACAGAAACACGAGGACUGCAUCUAGCUACAAGCAAUCAUUGCCCAGAUAUGGACCACCAACCCGGACGGAGUAUCGAUUGACAGUAGAAAAUCUAUCAAGCCGAGUAAGCUGGCAGGAUUUGAAAGACUACAUGAGACAAGCUGGUGAAGUAACAUACGCUGACGCACACAAACAACGUAGAAAUGAAGGAGUUGUCGAAUUUGCAACAUACUCAGACCUCAAAAAUGCCAUUGACAAACUAGAUGAUACUGAAUUGAAUGGAAGAAGGAUCCGGCUGAUUGAAGACAAGAGAAGAGGCCGCCGUUCACGUUCGUCAAGCUCUAGAUCCCGAUCACGAUCACGAUCUCGUUCAAGACGUCGAUCUCGUUCACGCUCCAGGAGUCGUCGUAGCUCUCGUAGCCGUAGCCGUCGUAGCAGUCGUUCCAAAUCACGAGCGCACUCAAAAUCUAAAUCAAAAUCAAAGUCGAAGUCUCCUGAGCGUAGUCGUUCACGAUCUAAAUCAAAGUCUAGAGACCGCUCUAAAUCAAAGUCCAAAUCCAGAUCUCGCUCCAGAUCCAAAACCGAGAGGUCUAAAUCACGUUCACAAUCCAAAUCGAAGGCAAAGUCACCUUCUAAAGAACGUUCAAGUCGUGAACGCUCCCGAGGUGAUAGAUCAAGAUCCCGUUCAGAGAGCAAACACAGUAAGAGUCGUAGUCACUCACGAUCACCAAUGAAUGGUGAUAAAUCACCUCAGAAUGGUAAAGAUAAAGAAGAUUAAAUGAAUCUUUUUACAUAUUAAUAAGUGAACAAUUAAAAAAAAAUACCAUUCAA